AUGGAGCAGGACUCUUCUCCAGUGCAGCAGGAGGGCUCUGCUCAGACUCCAGCCCCUCCUGUGGAGACAGAACCUUCUAGUGAACAGGAGCAGCCCGCUCAGUAUGUUGAGUCUUCUAUAGAGAAAAAACCCUCUCCAGCCCAGCAGGAGACCCCAUAUCAAACUCUGGGCCCUUCCCUGGAGACAGAAGCUUCUCCAGCCCAGCAGGAACCCCCAGAGCAGACUCUGAUCCCUUCUGCAGAGACAGAACCUUCUCCAUUCCAGCAGGGACCCAGAGCUCACACUCCACGCCCUUCCGUGGAGGCAGAACCUUCUCCCCGUGAACAGGAGCAGAUAGCUCAGUAUGCAGAGGCUCUGGUGGAGACUCAGCCUCCUCCAGGCCCUCCCGUGGAGACAGAGCCUUCUCUCAGAGAACAGGAGCAGAUUGCUCAGUAUGCGGAGGCUCUGGUGGAGACUCAAGCUCCUCCAGGCCAGCUGGAGGCCCUAGCUCUGACUCCAGUCCCACCUAUGGAGACCGAACCUUAUAUCAGUGAGCAGGAGCAACCAAUGCGGCCCUCUGAGUCUUCUGUCUUCUCUCCAGAAGAUUCAACCUCUUCAGAAGUCCCAGCCCAGCAUCCAAGUCCUCACGCAGUGACCAUUUUACCUCCAGGUCACCAUCAAGUUCAGCAGUACGACUUGCCCAGUGUGACUACUAAACCUCCAGACCUGCAGCUGACCCUAACACCAAAACCUGCAGCAGAAAUGGAAACAUUUCCAGUCAGCCAUGAGGUCACAACAACUCAGGCCUCAGUCCCAGCUCUGCCUCCAAAGCCUCUUGAAGAGGUUGAACCACUGCCAAUUCAGUCUCAAGAAGUUAUUCAGGAUGAGAAACCAUAUACGACCCAGCAGGAGGAAACAGCUGAAAAUGUACAGACCCCCGAGGAGGCUGGACCUUCUCCAAUCCAUCAGGAAGCCCAAGAUCAAGCCUCAGUGUUCCCUAUGGAGCCUGAGCCUUUGAAAGACCAGGAGGCAGACACAGCUCAGCAGCCAAAGCCCCCGGAAGAGGAUGAGCACUCCCCAGUCACAGGGGUCCCAGCUCAGCCUGAAGAACUGAAGGAACCUUCACCAAGCCAGCAGGGGAUUUCCGUUCCACCUCUAGACCACCCCAUGAGUGCGUACCAAUUACCGCUCCAACAGGGAGACACAAACCAGCCUUCAGUAAUCUUCCCAGAGAUUAGUGAUGCUAUUCCAAUGAAUAUGACAUUUUCACCUCUUAUUCCGGAGGAAAUACUCAGAACUCAGCAUUUAAGGUUGUCCAAAACCACACCAAAACAUGUGGAUAUUGACCUUGCCAGAACCCUAAAGCCCACUCCAGAAGUUGAUCCUUACCCCAGUCAGCAGGAAGGACCUGCCCAGCCUACAGUUCCCACCAAGCGAGUUGAAUUUUCUCCAACCCAGCGUGGGCCUCCUCUUGCCCAGCCUCCGGCACUGCAUGAAAAGAUGGAACCUUCUCCAGCUGAGCCUCUAGAGCCCCUCAAGAAUGCAAAACAUGCUCCAGUGCAAAAUGUAGCCCCAGCCAAGCCGCAAGACUUCCCUAACACUCAAUCGUCUGCAACCCAGCAGAGGCUUCAAACAGCAACCAAACCUGACCAAAGUCACAGGUCAACUGAUGCGGGCCAGCCGCUCCUGGCAAACGGAACCUGAAGGAGGGAGUGGGAAUGAAAAGAGGGACAAGGGCGCAGAGAAUGGAGCCAAGACAAAAGUCUGAUCAAGGCUCGUUUAUUCCAGUGUCUCUGCGAUAUUUUAUACAUAACCAGCUGCAGCUCAAGGCAACACAGAAGUGAACAACACAGGCAAGCAACUUAACAGGCUUUUUGCAACACAAUCAUAACAUAGUUAAUUUUGGCGGAGUGUUCUUGUUUGAUCGUUCUCCUGGAGCAUGGGAAUAGGUGACUUCUUUUCCUCCCAGGAAUUCCACAAGCCAAGACUGACCUUGACUUGUCUAUGACUUGUUUAUGGGCUGCCUACAGUCAACCUGUGGACGUGGAGCUCACCAUAACUACACAACCUGGAAUGGAAGGUGGACUUUCUCCAAUCAUGCAGGAGGCCCCAGUUCAGCUUCCAGGGCCAUCUAAGGAGGGUAUAGCACAACCCCCAGGAUAUCAGGGGGUGGCAGUUCCACCACCAGCUCAGGAUCAAGCUCAGUUUCCAAAAUCGCCCCACAUCACAUUUCAACCUUUUGAUCUGGCGCUUACAAUAACUCCGCAGCCCAUUACAGAGGCUGGACUUGCCACAAAUGUGCAGGAGGCUCCACCUAAAGGAGCUGUAGCUCAGCCACCAGUGCAUCAUGGGAUGACAGUUCCAACAUUAGGUCAGGAUCAAAAUCAACCUCCACUAUCACCCAAUGUCACAAAUCAACCUUUGGACCUGACACUUACCAUUACUACAGAACCUACUACAGAGGCUGAGCAUCCUACAGACCUGAGCAAGACCACAGCUCCAUCUCCAAACCUGACUCCAGUCACAACGCAACCUUUGUUCCUGGGACUUACCAUAACUCCAGAAACCAGUAGUAUGGUGACUGAACCCUCUGCAGACAUGCAGGAGACCUCAAGUCCACAUCCCAAUCUCCAAUACAUUAAGAGGUGACAUUUCCUGCGCUGGGUCAAAAUCAAGCUCAAUGUCCAACAUUGCCUAAUAUCACAGUUCAGCCUUUGGACACAGCACUUACCAUAAAUGAAAAGCAUACCAGGAAGGCUGAACAUUCUACAGCCCUGAAGAGGACUAAAGUACCUCCCGUGCACCAUGAGGAGGUACUUUCACAACCAGACCAGGUUCAGGUGCAGCAUCCAACCCUGACAGAAGUCACAGUUCAACCUUUGGAUGUAGAACUUACCCUAACUCCAGAAUCCAUUGUGGAGGGUGAACCACUUCCAACCACCCAGGAGACUCCAGGGCAGCCUCCAGGGCCACAAAAUGAAGCGGUCUAUCAGCCUCCAGUUUAUUAUGAGAUGGUAGUUCCAAAACCAAGUCAAGAUCUAACUCCGCAUCCAAUGUCACCCAGUGCCACAGCUGAACCUUCGAAGCUAGAGGCAAUCAUAACUCAGGUACCCACUACACAGGAUGAACAUUCUACAGCCUUCAAGUCUGUAUCUCCUCCUCCUUAUCCAAUGUACCCUGAGGUGACAUUUUCACCUCCAGUCCAGAUUCAGACUCAAACUCAGCAUACAAACCUGCCUCAAGUCACAGUUAAGCCUCUGGGCUUGGAAAUUACCCACACCACAAUGUACUACAGAGGUUAAACCUUCUACUACCACGCAAAUGACCCUAACUCCUUCUACAGAGCCACUAAAGGAGCUCGUACCUCAAUCCCCAGGGGACAAUGAGAUGACAGUUCCAACAGCAGGUCAGCAUCAAGUUCAGCACCCACUAUCACCCAGUGUCAUAGCUCAGCCUUCCAAGAUGGAGCUUACCAGAACUCUGGUACCCACUACAAAAGCUGGCCACUCUCCAUCCCUGAAGAAGACUACAGAUCUACAUCCAAGCCAGGUUCAGACUCAGCACUCAACCCUAACUGAAGUCACAGAUCAACCCCUGAAUGCGGCUGCCACCAUAAAUGCAUGUGAGCUCUGUUCCUGCAGAAAUGAGACACUUUCAUGCACUGGCCUCAGCCCAGUGCAGAAGCUUCACAAAGUUCCUGUACCAGAGCCCAACAGCUACAACGGCACCUUCAGCACAUUAAAUUUCCAAGGAAACUCUAUUUCUUUCAUUGAUGAAAAUGUAUGGGAAGCAUACCGCUGGGCUGAGACACUGAGAUCGGAAAUGGGGCAGCUGGGACUCGAACCGGUGCCCAUCUGGGAUGCCCGUGUCACAGGCGGCAGCUUAACCCGCCGCUACACCACAGCGCCAGCCCUGCCUUGCGGUCUUGACAGGAGUUUGUCAGCCGCUUGCCUGGAUGUCAGAGCUGAAUGGAAAAUAGCAUGUUCAUACAUUUGGCCUGGGGCAAAAAAAAAAAGAGUUGAGCACUUUGUCGAGAGCUAAUUCACUUACGCUGCAGGUCAUUCUCUUUGGGUCAAAUUCAGGGGGUUUUAGUACAUUCCGAUCGUGCACUCUGCAUCACGCUCAAUUUUGGAGCAUUUCUGUCACCCCCAGAAGGAACUCUUACCCUGUAGUUAUCAUCUCCCCUUACCCUGUGCACCCUCCAGCCACGGGCAACCGCUACUGCCCUGUCUCCAUUUCUAGAUUCCUUUGCGUUGGACAUUUCAGGUGCAGAGAGUGUAGUCUUUUAAAACUAUAUAGGGGGCUGCGCAGACUGAUGAGGUCUUUGCUAAUUAUAUACUGAAGUGAUCUUCUGUAUAUAAAGAGAAUUGGAAAUGAAAAAAAAAAAAAAAACAACAACCUGGUGUUAAAAUGGAAACGGCAUAGAAAAUUAAUUAUUUUGAAAAAAAAAAUUAUGUGGGAUCUCUGUCUUUAAUGUGCUGUACAUUGCUAUUUAAUGUUAUAAUUAGUAAUCCAAUGGUAGUUUUUUCACUCGAUGUUGCUAUGGGGGCAAAAUGUUGAAACCUUUACCUAAUAUAUA